CAGCGCCGCUGCCGGCUGCCGGAGGCGCCAUUGGAGCCGGCUCGGCUUGCGAGCUCCGCGGCGGAGCCGGAGGUUGGGCCGCAGUACCAGCCGCGUCGGCUCCGGUGCCUGGCCCCUCGGCGGCAUGGCGUGCGGGGCGACGCUGAAGCGGCCGAUGGAGUUCGAGGCGGCGCUGCUGAGCCCCGGGUCCCCGAAGCGGCGGCGCUGCGCCCCUCUGCCCGGCCCCACGCCGGGCCUCAGGCCCCCGGACGCCGAGCCGCCGCCGCCGCUGUUCGCCGCGCAGACCCCGCCGCCGCCUCUGCAGCAGCCCGGCCCGCCCGGCAGCGAGCGGCGCCUCCCCACCCCGGAGCAAAUUUUUCAGAACAUUAAACAAGAAUAUAGUCGUUAUCAGAGGUGGAGACAUUUAGAAGUUGUUCUUAAUCAGAGUGAAGCUGGUACUUCAGAAAGUCACCCUCACUCCUCAGCACUCACAGCACCUAAUUCUCCAGGUUCUUCCUGGAUGAAAAAGGACCAGCCCACCUUUACCCUCCGGCAAGUUGGAAUAAUAUGUGAGCGUCUCUUAAAAGACUAUGAAGAUAAAAUUCGGGAGGAGUAUGAGCAAAUCCUCAAUACCAAGCUAGCAGAACAAUAUGAAUCUUUUGUGAAAUUCACACAUGAUCAGAUUAUGCGACGAUAUGGGACAAGGCCAACAAGCUAUGUGUCCUGAAGCUUUCUUGCAUAUCUGGGUACCAGGUUCGACCUCAAGAGAUGGCUGCUGUACACUUUUUGCAACUGGUUUGAUAUCACAUUUCAGCUCCAACUUUGCAUCCUGAGAACACUUAAAUGUUUCUGCAGGUCCAUUUUAUACAACUUGAAAGACCUUAAAACUUUCUGGUUGCCACACAAGCAUAUCUUUCUUUUCUGCUCAUCCAAUAAACAGCUGUGCCCUACUGUGAUAGAUUUUCCAAACAAAAAUCCCUGGAGCAGCAGUUUAGUAAAAUAUGCCCUCAGUGGCACUCAGCAAAUGGAGUUUCCCCAAGCACAGCUCUGUAAGAAGUGUGUGCGCGAGUGUGUGUAUAUGUGUGUGUGUGUGUGUUUUAAGUUAUUAUUUGUAUUGUGCAAAUUAUUUUGAACUUGGGGAUUCUGGCUGUGAAUUUGAUGCACGACAAUUAUGGUUGAAGACAUUAGCUUGAUCUACAGAAGGUCAUUAAUGUUUUGCGACCAUACAAGUUGUAACAGUGGAUUGUUUUCUGUGUAGGUAUAAUUGUUAAAUACAGGGACUAUUUCCAGGCACAGAAUAUGAAUUAUAAGUUAGGAUGGACAUUAGAUGUGAUUAUGAUGACAUAGCAAAGGUCUGUGGUCCUAGAUCUACAAUUGCGUGGUGAGGAAUUAGAACCAUCUGGGGAUGGGCCUUUUGACACAGUGAACUCUGCCUAGCCCUAGUUAGAAAAAUGCUGUGACUCCAAGCCUUAAAAUACCCAUGUGGAGUCUGUGCUCACCUCAUUCACACACUGAACCUCUAAAAAGAAAAUGUCUCCCCUAGAGCAGGAGCAUCAGGGUUUGCUUUGGAGCCUAAAAUAGGUGAGCAUGGGGCUGGGCCAGGCCCUCAGGGCACUGCUACUUGGGAGGAGCCAUUUCACUUCUGUAUCAGUUAUUAAUAGAAUUUGGAUCCUUUGAUCAGGUUCUCCCAACUUUUUAAAGAGGUGUUCAUGUUCAACUGCUUGAGCUUUGUUUUGGCAACCCCCCUACCCGAAGUUGCUUACAGACUGUUCUUCACCUUGUUUCCAAGGCUGUGGAACAGAAAGUAGCCUCUGUUUUGAGGAGGUGGAAGUUAAGUAUACAUUUAUUUUUUACUGUGACUUGUUCAGGACCACAUUUUACAAAAUGCCUUGUUUCCUUUAUUAUUGUUUGUGGAAAGGAAAGUUCUAUUAAAAUUCUUUUAGUUUGAAUAUAGAAUAGUUUUUUAAAUUAGGGCUUAUUUUGAAAAAUUCUGAGUUUAAUUCAAAUGUAUGCCAAUACCUUCCAAAGUAAGGUAAUAUUCAGAGACGGUUGUUCAGAUUAGAUGGUGUAGAGAAAUUUCUGGAAUAUUCACAUUCGAAGAUUCCUUAUUAAUGAAUGUCUUUGACUUAAAUCUAACCAAAAACUGCAACAUUAUUCUUUGUACAUUUUCAUUAUAUAGUGUUAACAAGCUUAGUUGCAAACAAAUAAAAUACUUAAGCUAUUUGUUUACCUUGCCUUCUUAA